CUCAGUCCGGCUCCCACACCAGGAACACGCUCUCCGGGGUGACAUCAGUUUCUGCUCGGAAUUCAUCUGGGAUUUUACAACCCGUCCUCCAAGGAACUAUAGUGACACUCUUUUUCCAAUUGCUUCGGCCCCUUUGCCCACUUGGUAGACCUCAGACCAGCUCUUGGGUGAAAAGGUCAAAGGGCCCCUGUUUAGCCCUGACCGCAGCUCUAGGAUCAUCCUGACUCAACUUGCUUGAGGUCUUCCUACAACCAUGACAACCAAGUCCAACAGCAGCGUUCUGGGGGGCAAGCCUUCCUCCUCUCCUCUCUUGGCCACGCCGACCCGCCAGCGCCUAGUCACCAAAGACGGACACUGUGCCCUUCGCCCACCGCUGCGCUCUCCAGGCUCGUGGCGCAGGGCCCUGAGCAGAGCCUGGGUGCUGGCCCUGCAGGACCUGUGGGGACUGUUGGUGGGUCUGCGCUGGAGAUGGGUCCUGCUGGCCUUCUGCGCCUCCUUCCUGGCCCACUGGCUGCUGUUUGCCUGCCUUUGGUACUUACUGGCCCACCUGAACGGAGACCUGGCUGUGCUAGAUCAUGAUGCCCCCCCACUGGGUCAUGUGGUUUGUGUGAAGCAUAUAACCAGCUUCACCGCCGCCUUUUCUUUCUCCCUGGAGACACAGCUGACCAUCGGCUACGGCACCAUGUUCCCCAGUGGGGACUGCCCAAGUGCUAUAGCACUACUGGCUGUUCAGAUGCUGCUGGGGCUCAUGCUGGAGGCAUUCAUCACAGGUGCAUUUGUAGCCAAGAUUGCGCGUCCCCAGAAGAGAGCAGGAGCCAUCCAGUUCAGCCCCCAGGUGGUGGUGGGCCAACACCAGGGCCAGACGUGCCUCAUGCUACGAGCCAGCAACCUGCUGCAGCGACCUCUAAUGGACGUAAGAGUGUGCGCCGUGCUCUACGAGGAGCAUGAAGGUCAGGCCCUGCACCAAACCUCUCUGGACUUCCACUUGGAUCAUCUAGGCCAGCAGCCCUAUCCCUUCUUCAUCUUCCCACUCACCUUUUACCACCCCCUGGACCGCCAGAGCCCCCUCUAUCCUGCCCUGUGUGAGGGCACUUCCAACCAUUUUGAGUUGGUGGUCUUCCUAUCAGCCUUGCAGGAGGGAACUGGUGACUCCUGCCAGAAGAGGACCUCCUACCUGCGCCAAGAAAUCCUGUUUGACCGUUGCUUUGUGCCCGCCUUGGGGCUGGAUGCUCGGGGGAGAUACAUGGUGAGCACCCAGCACUUUGAAACGACCCACUCAAAGGAGCCUUUGAACAAGGAAUGUGUUGUGCAAAUCAACGGAGAUGGCAGCGACAGAAUGGAGUGAUGCUACGGGAGACGUCCAAUAGGAACAGAGGGCUGUUUCUGAGGGAUGACUAGGGAAGGUAACAAUGGGGUAGAUAUUUUUUGUCAGAAGGUACUUGAUUUAAUUUGGUAAAUCUGAAUUUAUGUCUUAACAUUUGAAAUUAAAAUGUUUAUCAGACAUGGGUGCUGCUUUGGACUGCCUCACUCCAAUCACUUGAAGUCCCUAGUGGUCAACCUGGGUAUUAUCUCCCACUGAUUUCUCACUUUAUAUCCAGUUGUGUUUGUUGGAUUCAUGGGCAGAGGUUGGGUUUUAUUUGCCUUGCUUUGGUCAUUGGUUCAUAUGGCAAAAUAUACUCUUUGAGUUAUUAACUGAGAGCCACAUUAUGGCUGUUGGCAUUGAGGGGCUAGAUAUUUCCAUCAGGAGUUGGUAGAGACCAACAUUUUUUUUAUUUAUAU